UAUAAACACUCAGUAUCAAAAACGUCAUAAACACGCAUAUGUAUUACAUUUCAUGUUCAAACCAAUCAGUGUUGACAUGUGCAGAACAACCUAAAAGUCAUUGCAUAUGAAUAUGAUCUUUCGUUUAACAAAAUAUAGCGUAUAUAUCGCACGUAUGUGUACUGUUUUGAUUAUUGCAAUCUUCUGUUUAGUAAAAUUUGACAUAACUAUUUGAUUUAUACGAAUGUUAUGGAGGGAAAAUAAUAAUUAUUACUUUGAUUGAAAUAUACGAGAUUGAUCUUUAUGAAGUGUAUCAAAAACAUAAUACUAGCAUAAAUAUUUUGUUGACGACCAAAUUAGCUGUACCAAGAAGGUUAAUAAAUGUUUUAAAUAUUUCUCAAAAUGUUCUAAAUGUAAUAUUUACGUACAAAAAACAGUAAGCAAUGUAUCCUAAAAAAAUAGUUCAUAAGAUACCAGGUGAUUUACCACCUCCUCCUAAACAACAAAAUCAAGGAUACAUUGAUGAUUUAGGAAAGAUUCAAAGAUUUGAAUUAGAAGAACUAUUAGAAAGACAAAAUAAGAUUCUUAAUAAUAAAGUAUUUGUGUCAAAGCUUCCAGACAAAGGAAAAAAGAUUGAAACUUUCCGUGACAGGCUGUUGAAAGAAUUAGAACAUAGAAAUGAAGUUGAAAAUGCUGUUCAUCUUUUGUCAAGACUAAAUAUAGCAUCUGAAGGAAAAAUUGCUAUGAAUGAGCUAGAAUGGACAGGCAAAUAUAAUGAAUCAAAAAGUACAAUAAAAGUGAUUGAACUUGAUAGUGACGAUGAGGAUGAUCCUUUAAAAAUCUUAGCACAACCUACAGGAUCUGGUGUUCAUAAAAAGAAAAUUAUACAUUUACCACCUGAAGAAAGCUUAAUUAAACCAGAAGAUUUGGCAGAAAUAGAAUCUUUUAAAACAGAAUUCACAAAUCCUGCUGAUCAUAUCUCAUAUAUUGUCAAUAAAAUAGAAAAACAUCCAGAAGAUAAAAAUAAAAAGAGGGAACCAUUUAAACCUUAUAAAACAACUAAGUCUGAUGUACAUGAUCCAAUAAAAGAGAAACAAAGAAAACAAAAUAAGAAUUGGGAGGUAACUGCAGCUACACCCCCUCUGAUAGUUCAUGAUGCAGCAAAAAUUAUAGAUUUAAAGGAAUCUCUCAAACUACAAAAGCAGCAGAGUGAAAAACUACAAGAAAUUCAAACAAGACAUGCAGCAGAGAGAUUAGCUGAACAACUUGGUUUAUAUAAUGUUGGACCUUUACCUGGAAAUGUAGGUACUUACCGUCAACAAACUGAAAAAGAGUCUAGUUCUUCUGAAGAUGAGGAAGAACAUGAGGUACAUGAUGAUGAAGAUAAUGAUACAAGAGGGACAGUUGUAUUUAAAGUAGAUAGUAUAGAAAAUUAGUUAUUUUAUGAUAUAUAUAUUUAUAUAAGUUUGUAUGUCCUGUAAAUAUGUUUAUAAAUAAAAUCAUAAUACUCGAUAUUUUUUAAA